AUGAACCGUGAAAACAAGAAUGGUUGCACUUCAAAGUUUCGUUACAAAUGUCAAAUCUGUGACGAAAUCGCUGAACAUUCUAAUUAUGGCGCCAUCUGUUGUUCAGCAUGUAAAAUAUUCUUUCGACGAAAUGCGAUGAAACAAUUUCGAUGUAAUUGGAAUAACAAUUGUGAGAUAAGUGUAAACACUCGUCAUGUAUGUUCUGCGUGUCGGUUGAAGAAAUGUCUCGACAAUAGAAUGGAUAUUGGAUUGAUUCGAUCUUGUUUAUCAAAGUCAAAGCAGGCGAAGCAAAAGAAAACAAAGAUCGUGCAAUCGUCAAUACCAACAUCAAAUGUUUUAAUCCCAACAUUGAAUCUUUUACAUUCCGAUGAAUCGAAUUUCUCAAUUGAGCAAUGGAAUUCUAUUUCAAACUUAAUUCACUGUUAUGAUCAAUAUGGCCCAUUUUUAAUGAGUCAACAAUACGUAUCUGAACAAACUCAACUUCCAACAAAGAUACGUUAUAAAACUUCAUCUAUCAACAAAUUCUAUGCAUUGGUUUAUAUGAAAAUUCAGCAAAUAUUUGAAAAGAAUGACGAUUAUCAAUCUUUAUGCUCACAAGAUCGAGCUUCAUUAACCCAUCGCGCGGUUAAACAUGCAUCAGGUUAUGCCACUGCUGUUGUCAUAAAACAACUGAAAUUGUACGAUGAUCCAUUAUUCUUCAAAAUUAGUGAAUUUCUUUUCAAUUCUCACGUAAUGACAUCUGCAAGAUCUCUCAACAGCUAUGUUGAUGAAGAUCUCACAUUUAAUAAAUUAGUCGUUGCUGCUUUAUUUUUUUCAACGACACGUAUUAUAAGCAUACAAGACCAAUAUAUCGAAUUAGCGUGGAAGUAUAUGGUUUACAAGCACGAUUAUCGACACUCUGUUCUACGUUUCAUUCAACUGCUUCGAUCAAUUUCAUAUUGCCAGCGUACAUUGCUCGAAGCUGAUCAUACUCGCGGAUAUGAAUCUAUAGUGGGUUCUCUUCUUCACCAAACUGAAAAAACAUUUAACUUAACUUCAAUUUCUCUUCGACUGAAUCAAAUAGAAUUUUGCCAUUUCGAACAAUUUGUUAAAGAACAUUUUCAACGAAUUGAAAAAUUCUUUAUUUCGACAAAUUAUGAUGUGAAUUAUAUCGAUAGUAAUCGUUGGGAACAACUUAUUUCAUGUUCUAUACCAAAUUUACGAAAAUUUAAUUUUCAAUGCAUCGAUAAUACAUUAUCUUUUGAUAAUGAAAUCUUUUCUCGUAAACAAUUCAAUUCCUUGUUUUGGCAUCAAAGACACUGGUUUUUUACAUUGGAAUUCAAUCGUGAUGAAUUGCGAGAUGGUUUACAUGGAAGAUAUUUUUUGUAUUCAACUCACCCAAACAGACAAAAAACUUACACCUUAUUAUGUGACAUAUUUUCUAAAGAAAUGACGACUGCUACCGAAACUAAUUUCAACUCAGUUGAGCAUCUGACUAUAGAAAAUGGAUAUAACAUUGCGAAAUGUUCGAAAUAUUUUCCAAAUGUCAAUGAAUUAACUGUUAAAUAUUGUGAGUCGGUUCCCACAUGGGAAUGGUUUACUCGGAAGAAUAUUUGUCGUAUUCUUCCUUUAAUGCAAGUGACCAAAUUGACUAUUCAUGUGAAAUAUGACAUGAAUUGGAUCAUGGCAUUGUUAUACAUAAUGCCUAAUAUUCAAACACUAAAAUUGAUCAAUGAAAGAUCGAAUUCAUUAGAUUGUCUGUCAUUUGAAGAUACAAAAAUAUUUCGUUUCGUAUCAGAACAGAAUAAAAUCAACAAUAUUAUUUUGACACAUAAUUAUUCAUUACAAAAACUCCAAGGAUUCAUCGAUCUAUGCCCACAAUUACAACAUCUUACUAUCGGUAUAUCUGAACGGUGUUUGUACCCGGCAGUUCGGUUUUUGUUAUCAAAAAAGAAUCAAAAUCAAUGCCAACUAUCUUCUCUAUGUGUUUCUGGAGUGGAUGCAAUAUCGAUCGAGAAGUUGAAAUCUUUGCUCUUAUCGGAAAAUCUUGCUGAUGAACAUAUGAUAAUUAUAGUAAAUGACAAGUUUUAUUUACGGUGGAGAUAA